UCGGGCAAGUCGUUCGCGCUCCGGUUUCUUUACGUUUCGAGUGCAUUGAUCACGCUGCCGCUGGCUGACCACCGCUGCUGCAGCAUCGUGGUAGCUGUUUCACCCGGCAAUCAUUGUCUACGGAUCGUGUGUAGGGGUUCGUCGCUUGUGUUUCAUUUCCCUCGUAUUUACAAACAAAACUGUGUGCGAAAAAGUCAUUGAAUGAAACAAAGCAGGAGUGGAAUCAGGCACGGAUGUUAUUUUUGGAAGCUGCCACGAGAAGAAGAUGAUCAAUUCGAAGAUCGAUCGAUAAGGAAGUGCGUGUGAAGGGGAUUGGUAACGUGAUCUUGUGUUAUACCUGCGAUACCUGUAGUUGUGGUGCCUUAUCUUCAGUCAGUGAUCGAAAGCAGUGGAAUCGAGAAGUGUACGAUACAUGAAACGAAGAAAAGAAUAAAUUAAAAACGCACUAUUGUCAUCAUCUUUUUACGGCUGUCGUCAUCGGAUACUGUUAACUGUUUGCCUGAAAAAAAAAAGAAGUUUGGCAGGCGUAUCAGCGACCAGGAAUAUCGUUGAGGUACGAUUCAUAUGUCACGGAAUGUGGUACAUGUAGGAGAAAAGACGACUCCACGGCGUAUGAUUUCGGAAUACUAAUGCGGAAGGCGUGAUCAAACCGUAUGACUGCGGAAGGUCUAGCACGACGGAAUUAAUCAGUGGAAAAGGCCUUAAUCACGGCACGGUACUGAAAACGACUCGUAACGAUUGUUGUUGCUGCAUGCGAUUGGAACUAGUCAAUGCAUCUCCAAUUAUCCGAAAACCGAAACUCGAAACGAUCGAAAUCCAAUCGAAGUGGAAGUGCUCUCAGGAAUAAAAAGCUUGUUUUUCUAUCGUAACAAGUUUAACGAGCUACCUACCACUGAUUAAGUUAGGUGUGAAGUGAAAUUAAAUUUGUUAUAAUUUUACUACAGUGGUUCCGUUGAGUGCCGAGCUAAUCAAUCAUCGUUAAAACGUAUCUGACCACUGGAAUGGAUGAGUGGAGAAAUAGUGUGGUGAUAAACUCGAAACAUACGCUGUAAUAGCGUGGCGAAAAUACGCGUGGAGUAACUUGAACGACAACCAGACGGGGAACUUCUCAACAGAUGAAUAAAGUAGAGGAAACUUCCCGAGCGAACAACGAUGGGAUAUUUCUCAAAGCGGAACGUGUUUAUUUACUGUUGCAUUUCGGCGUGUCUGUCACUGAUCACCUACUUAAUCGCCUUUUCCUGCGAAGUUUCGUGGAUAUUGGAAGCUAACGGAAAGCUUCCUCUGCCGUCUUUUCUGUUGUGUGCUGAGUUCUUUGUUCUGUUCAUUUCCUCAGCCAUUUUAAUCCAUGGUCUGUCAACGGGCGUAUCAUGGGGUUUGCUCAGCUGGUCCAUAAUCAUCGGAGUGCUGUCCGUGCCGGAGUUGGCGCUUGUCAUGUACAUGACCAUUCAGCAUUGGGGUCUACAGUCAGCACAUGGGCUAACGGAAUUAAUAGGUUAUUUAGUACGUUUAAUAGUCAACUGCCUGGCACUGCUGUGUGUCAUUCCGACUGCACUAAGAUGGCGUCAGGAAAAGAAAGUCCUCUCCCAGCUAGAAUCGCUCGCAUCGCGCCUCCAGCUCACAACUCCUACGCCAGCCACUCCCUUUAGCGCUACGAAUGGCAUGAACUCACUGCGGGCCAGUAAGAGAAGUCAAGCCAGCAGACGUCCUUCGACCGGAUUCGACAACCCUGGAUAUGUCCCACACGAGACCAACUCUGCAGAUAUCGUUCAGCAAUACACUCAGUAUAACAACCUUUACGGAUCGCAGAGCGAGUUCAACGCCAGCAUUUUUGGCCUAAAUCCUUCGCAGUAUAUUGGCCCUCCACCUCCACCGAUGGCUGCGGAACACAAAAAGACACAGUCCCUGCUCGACUUGAGGUUUAUCUUUCCUCCAAAAUUUCUCACUCCAAACGAGAAGAAGUCUACCAAAGAGAGAGGAACUGACGAAACCGACAGCGUCCUAAACAAUAACCUGAAGAACAAUCGAAUAAACAACAAACUUAACGAUGGGACCGGAAAGCUCCUCAAGGACAACAACAGCGUUAUCGAGACGAACACAGAUCCAACGGCAGAUAGCAACGAUCCGAUCUAUCACACCAUCGAAUCAACAAAGCCAAGCAAAAUCCUCGGAAGAAACUGCGUCUCGCUGGAGAACUUGGGGAACAUCACACUCUCCGAGUCCCCAUUGCCAUACAAGAAGAACGACUUCGCUCAGUAUCGAUACGGCAACAAUCUCCUCAAGAACUACGCGCUCAAUCCGUGGAAUGUGAUCGCCUACAAUCCAGCCUACAGCGCGUAUCCUCCGGCUUACCUGCACUACCAAAUGCACCCGUACCUCUACCAGAUGCAUCACAACAAUUUCCCACCGGCUGCUGCGGCCGGGUACUUUGCCUCACCGCACCAUCAUCAGUUGCAUCACCAGCAGCUCCACCCGGGGGGACUGGGAGGCCACUACAGUGCCAACCAGUCAUCGAUCAGCUAUGGGUACAACAAUGGCUAUCUCAAUAGUGCAAACAACAGUCGGCAAUCGCUGGGCAACGAAUCGGAUGACUUUCGCAAGUACCGGGAUGUGGCCUUAUGAAGCGAGGCAUGAAUCGGUGGGCCGGGAGUAAGAGUGCAUAUGCGAUUGCGAAAGUUGUCCGAACAUAUUUAUUUAUCGACCGAUUGCAGUAGUAUUGUUAGUUGUUAAGUGUCAGCGAGUUGACGGCAACGAAUAAUGUACGUAAUUUUUUGUAGUAGGAAUACUCGAAAUGGAGCAAAAAGGUGCAAGAAUCGAACGCACCAAUAUUGUCACAGUUACCUUCAUAAAACCUAAGAUCAACAAAAUUAUACAAACUAAAUCGAUGUAUAGACGCUGCGAAAUAUAGUAUUUUAUGUUAAA